UGGAAGGUAACAUCUUAUAAAGGAGCGUGGUAUUACAACGUCGUGUGUGAGAAAAAAACAGCUGGAGGCUGCUUGGAGAAAAACCCAGACACUUUUAUGCAAAACCCACAGUUUCGAUUUGAUGUGACGGAUACCAAAGUGGGAAACCCGCCCACAAUUAUGAUCCAACUUCAACAAUCAGAAUCACAAAUUCAUCGAAGGGUGAAACAAAAUCCAAACGGUUCAAUUGGCUUCCACAUUGCAAGGGUGGAAAUUAACAGACAAUACAAAAUGCAUCAGCCUAUAUUUAAAUGGACAGCUCAUCCCUUCACUAAAGAUAGAUCUGCUUUUGCUAAACUUAAUUUGCCGGAGGGUAGAUAUGUGAUUAUACCUAGCAUGGAGGAACAAGGGAUUAACAGGGAUUUCCUUCUCAGAGUUUUCUGUGAAACAAACCUCACUUUUUGUGAGUUGAAUGGUGAGUACCCACCCAAGACUUGCAUGAGUGGUUUAACAGGAUACCCGAGUUCUGCCAUCAGUGUUAACGUUGUGAAUGGAGUAAGACUGUUUAAUGAAGAGAAUGAACUGGGUAACGUCUACGUCAAAAUGACAUGUGAGGGUGUCACAGUUCGUUCCAAGACGUUUCGUGAGAAUUCGGAACCCUACUUUGAUGCUGGCGCCAUCUUUUACAGGAAGGAAAACAGAUACCCUGUUGUCUUCGCGGUUUAUCAUGAAAAUCGUGUCUGUGAUGAGUUCAUUGGACAGGGUACAGUCUCUGGUAACGUAGAGUUCCAAAAACAACCAGUAGAAGUUCCUCUGUUUGCGAAGAACAGCUGGAAAGCGCCAAAAAGAUUCCCUGGUACUCUGUACGUGAAUGUCCAAACUGCUGACAGCAUAAAAGGCCUUUAGACCAUGCUGAGUUUGAACUAUCUUCCUAAGGGUUGACUCUGCAAUCAAAAGUACAUUGUACAGUUUAAGUUUUUGAAACAGAUGAGAUUGAAAGUUCUUUUCCUGCAUUGUGUGUACUUACUGUAUUACCUAGCCUUUUCUAUGUGGAUUUUGCAGUGUUUUUAGAAUCAAGUUUUCUUAGAAUGAUAUCCUGUCAGUGUUUCUAACUAUCAAGUUGCAAUCGUUUCCUGUUUACCUAUGUCUUUUGAGUGUCCUUGGCGGUACUGCACUGUUUCUGUUUUUACUACUGUUUGUUAGCAUUUAGUGCAAUAGUUUUUUGUAAUUCUAUAAAGCAUGCAAAAUACUCUAUAAGCUGUAUAUAUAUUUAUGUUUUUUUGUUUCUUUGCUUUCCAAUGCAAAAGGUACCACAAUCUUUACCUAUAAACUGAGCAUAUGUUAUAUGUGUUCUUUCAGUACUGUAUAGACUUGAUUUACUAGUGCCCCUUUUUUGCAGAUUACCUUGAAGCCUUAAGCAGCAUAUAUCGCAUAUUUACUUUUUUCCAAAGCCCUAGAUUUUAACUUUUUUUUUGAAAAUGCUUAAAACCGAAAAAAGCAAUUUUCCAGAAAUGUAAAUGAUUUUGUUUUAGAAUUCCUGAUCUUGAAUUAUAUAGCAAUAAUUUCCAUGCACCUGUAAAGUAUAAAUAAUUUCAAUUUUUGUACAUAUAAAACAACAUAAACAGAAGUUUUCCACUGUACAAAGGUUACAGACGACAUUGGGUCAAAUUGCACUUUCUGUAAAUAGUCCAGUUAUAAAGAUUGGAGUUUAUUUUCAAUUAUUGUAUAUAAGUCACAUUGGUGGAUUGGUAUUAUAUAUUAUGCAGAGAUUGUUGAUCACAGUUAACUAAUAAACACAUUCACAGAA